UCCUCCCACAGACUGCUGGCCUACAGCGAUGCUCUCAUCUCCAUCAUCGCCACUGUCAUGAUUCUACCGGUCGCCCACACGAAGGUUGAAGAUGACGAGGAGUUGAGACAAAGCGUUCAGCUGCUGCUCAGCACAAAGAUCGCUGUUUACCUGAUGACCUUCCUGAUCGUGACGGUGGCGUGGGCGGCUCACAUCCGGUUGUUCCAGGUGAUCGUGCGUAUUGACGACUGUCUCGCCUUGUUGAACCUCGCCUGCAUGAUGGUGAUCACCUUUCUACCGUACACAUUUUCUUUAAUGGCGACGUUCCCAGAGAAGAUCCUGGGGCUUCUCCUGUUCUGUGCUUGUGUGAUGGUGACCGGCGUCCUUCAGUCGGUGAUCGUGUUGUACGCCUUCAGUCGCCCGUUCCUCCUGAACGAACAGAUCCAGAUCUCAGAGAACCGGACGUUCUUUAAACACCACAUCCUCAAGGUCAUCAUGAGAGUUCCCCUCAUGUGCCUCUUCGCCAGCAUCUUCUCCGUCAUCUUCUUCCAGCUGUCCUACGUGCUGCUAGCCAUCGUUAUCUUCCUGCCUUACAUCUCCCGGGGUCUGAAGUGGUGUCGCAGCAAAGCAAUUGGUCCCGUGGACGAGUCUCCGGACACCUUGUUGUUCUACACUUUCCUGCCUGAUGAGCCGCUCACUAAAGAACGGGUGGAGGCUUUCAGUGACGGAGUUUACGCCAUCGUAGCAACGCUUCUCAUCCUGGACAUAUGUGAGGACAACGUUCCCGACCCGGCGGUUGUACGGGACCAGUUUGGCGGGAGCCUGGUCGCGGCUCUGCAGUCCUACGGUCCCGAGUACCUCGCCUACUUCGGCUCCUUCGCCACCGUCGGCCUCCUGUGGUUCGUCCACCACUCGCUCUUCCUCCACGUCACCAAGACCACGCGCUUCAUGGGCCUGCUGAACACCUUCUCGCUGGCGUUUGUCGGAGGGUUACCUUUAGCCUACCAGCUAACGCAAGAAUUCCCUCCCAACUCCCGAAAUGAACUGGAAGCCAUUCAGAUUAGCUGUGUGAUUAUUUUCUUCGCAGGUAUUUUCCAGCUAACCAUUUGGGUGGUCGCUCUCUACAACGAGCGGGAAACUCUGCACCCGUACGUGCGCUAUGGUGGACGGGAGCAUGCGUUCAUGCUAGCUAAGCUAGCUCUGUACCCCUGCGUAGCCUUAGGGACAUUUUUCCUGACGUGUAUUCUAAGUAAAUUUAGCGCUUCAAUUUUCCACUUGAUGGAGAUCACGGUGCCUUUUGCCUUUCUGGUGUUGAGGCUGUUGGUGCGUGUCGGGCUAGCGCUUAUUCGCCAGGUCUUCUUUCCCGAUAGGCCCGAUCUGAGGAUCGUUGUGGAGGAGGAAGUUGACGAGGCCAGAGUGCCGUUCAACACGGUAGUGGCCUAACGAGCUUGAAGGGAAGUGGCCGAGCUGCUGAAACAGUUUGUUUCUGAAAGUGUUAGAAACGACCUCUCAUCAGGAGCCUGUUGGGGUUUGAAUCAGGAGCAAAAUGGAAAAUGAAUCUUUCUCUGUUUAGCAUUUAAAGAGGUUCAAAUAUUGAGAGGCCAUCGAUCAGAUCAGGUGUUGAAGGUGAGUGAUGGACCUGUAGAGGUGAAGGAAACUCGUGGUGGACCAGAGUAGUGAAGGAUCCUAAAAGACCUUAGUCCUUCUAACUGAAGAUUCGCCAAUGCUAUCAUCUCAAAGCACCUAAAGCCUUUAUCAAAUAACCCUCACUAACGUUUCCAGCUUGGGUUUUAUCACUCGUCCAAAUCAGGCAGUUUACAAAGAUGGACGACGCGAAUCCAUUUCCUCCUCCUGUGCAAAAAUGAAGCCAGAAUAUCUCAGACCCGAGCACAGUAGUGAUUGUGGAGUCAGUCAUUACGUUCUACCCUUUUCAAUUUAACUUAAAAUAACUUAUUUAAAACAAACUUGAAGGAAUCUACGUAUACUUGAACUGGCCACCAGGAGGAGAUCUAAAUGUUUUGGCUGUCAUGUCGUCCAUCUUUAUUUACAGAAUUCUAGGCUGAUUCUAGGAAUGGCUUCAAAUCAUGUAGCUAGCACACACAUUUGUUAAUUAUUCAACACAUAACGCAACGCGAAAAUUCAACAGAGCAAGAAAAAAAACAGGUUUUUAUAAUUAUGGUUCAGUUUCUGUGUCAAUCAAACUGCUGCGGUUUGAAAUCAGUUCAUGUUCAGACACAUUCACACCUUAGCCCUGAGGGCAGAAGAAUUUCUAAAUGCUUUGCCCAAGGGCACGUUGGUUUUCCCUGACUUUGGCUCAAACACUAGACUGAGUUAGGAUUUGGUUUAGGUCUGGAGUGUUCGGCACUUUAAACGUUACACUGAACCGGGGAGCGCCAUCUCAAAUUGCACUAUUCUCAAAAUAUAACAAUGUUUGUGUGUCAUAGCAACAGGAUUGUUAAUCUCACCUUUUCAAAUAUGUCCUGCAAUCGUAUUCCCUCCAUUGUUAUCUUUUAUUAGAAAUGUAUUGAAAUGAGAAAACUGUGAGAUUAUAAUGCAGGGCUGUUGUUGCUUUUAGUUAUUUAAAAAACUUUAAAUGUCUUUUCAGCGUAAGAUUAUUUAAAUCCUCGGAGCAUUUUCAGUUUCUGCUUGUGUGCUGAGGUUUCACCAGCAGGUGUCACUGUUGUGUGUCCUUUGUUUCUCUUGUGAUGAUGUCAGGCGCUCUGAUGUACUGAUGAGUUUUAUAUAUCGGCUCAAAUCUGAAAUGCACUUUAAUGGAAAUCUGUCACGUGAUGGAGGAGAGUUUGUUUUCUUCAGAGUUUGGAUGAAUGACGACAAGAAAACUUUGAAUUAUCAUUUUUUUUUGUCAAAUGCUCGAAUGUGAAUAGAUUGAAAACUGAUGUGUUUUUGUUUUUUUAACUCAGCUGCAGAUCAGCAGCAGCUCUGGUUUGUUUUUAUGUGUCUAGAAUGGAUUCAUUUAGAUGAAGUACUUUUUGUUUUCAGGACUUUC